GAGGAAAUGGGGCCUUUGUCUUGGGUUUGGCGGGAAGCCACGGGCCCACCCAGGGAGGUGGUGCAGCCCCAGACCUGGAGGAGAGAUGGGUCAGUGGGCCUUCACGGACCAGGUCCUCAGGGAGCGGAUGAGCACGGGAUUAGGAGUCAGGGUCCCUGCUGUGCCACCACCCACCGGGCCAUGACCACAGGGCAAGGCCUCCAGCCCUCCGAGCCUUGAUUUCCUCAUCUAUAAAAUGGGCUGAUGUCGGGGACUUAUGUCGACCGCUUGCCCCAGGCCUGCCCAGGGCAGGAGGAUCUGGGAGAGGGCCCAGGCCUGCUCAAGCCUCCCAGCGCCCAGGCCAUGAAGGAGGAGGCCUUCCUCAGGCGCCGUUUCUCUCUGUGUCCACCUUCCUCCACCCCCCAGAAAACCGACCCCCGGAAGUUCACCCGGAAUCUGGUCUUCAGUGGAGAGAAUGAGCUCUACCCCCUCGGCCCAGGGAAGGACUUGGAGCCCAAUGGCCAGCCGCUGCCGAGGGACGAAGGGCCCCCGACCCCGGGCUCUGCCACCAAGGGGCCACCGGUAGAACACAGGCUAUACAAUGGGUCCGACAAGGAAUGCGUGUCCCCAACAGCCAAGGUCACCAAGAAGGAAGCUCUCAAGGCGCAGAAGGAAAACUACCGGCAGGAGAAGAAACGUGCCACGAAGCAGCUGUUCAGCGCCCUGACGGACCCCAGCGUGGUCAUCAUGGCCGACAGCCUGAAGAUCCGCGGGACGCUGAAGAGCUGGACCAAGCUGUGGUGCGUGCUGAAGCCUGGCGUGCUGCUCAUCUACAAGACGCCCAAGGUGGGCCAGUGGGUGGGCACCGUCCUGUUGCACUGCUGCGAGCUCAUCGAGCGGCCCUCCAAGAAAGACGGCUUCUGCUUCAAGCUAUUCCACCCUCUGGACCAGUCCGUCUGGGCCGUGAAGGGCCCCAAAGGCGAGAGUGUGGGCUCCAUCACACAGCCCCUCCCCAGCAGCUACCUGAUCUUCAGGGCCGCCUCAGAGUCCGACGGCCGCUGCUGGCUCGACGCCCUAGAGCUGGCUCUGCGCUGUUCCAGCCUCCUGCGACUCAGCUCGUGCAAGCAGGGCCGUGAUGGGGAGCCCGGGUCCUCGCCGGAUGCGUCGCCCCCCUCGCUCUGCGGGCUGCCCCCCUCGGCCACCAUCCACGACCAAGACCUGUGCCCGCUGAAUGGCUCCUCCCUGGAGAACGACGCUUUCUCAGACAAGUCGGAGAGGGAGAACGCAGAGGAGUCGGACAACGAGGCCCAGGACCACAGCGGAAAGACGAACGAGAGCGGGAGUGUCCGGUCGGAGACCCUGGAGGGCCUGGCGCCCGGGGGGACCACGUAUGUGGAGCAGGUCCACGAGGAGUUUGGGGAGCUGGGCCAGGCCUCCCAGGUGGAGACUGUGUCCGAGGAGAACAAAAGUCUGAUGUGGCUUCUGCUGAGGCAGCUGCGGCCGGGCAUGGACCUGUCCCGCGUGGUGCUGCCCACCUUCGUGUUAGAGCCCCGCUCCUUCCUGGACAAGCUCUCAGACUAUUACUUUCACGCCGACCUGCUGUCCAGGGCCGCCCUGGAGGAGGACGCCUACAGCCGCAUCAAGCUUGUACUGCGGUGGUACCUGUCAGGCUUCUACAAGAAACCCAAGGGGAUCAAGAAGCCGUACAACCCCGUCCUGGGGGAGACCUUCCGCUGCCGCUGGUUCCACCCCCACACCAGCAGCCACACCUUCUACAUCGCGGAGCAGGUGUCCCACCACCCGCCCGUGUCCGCCUUCCACGUCAGUAACAGGAAGGACGGCUUCUGCAUCAGCGGCAACAUCACAGCCAAGUCCCGGUUUUACGGGAACUCCCUGUCGGCUCUGCUGGACGGCAAGGCCACGCUCACGUUCCUGAACCGUGCGGAGGAUUACAUCCUCACCAUGCCCUACGCCCACUGCAAAGGAAUCCUGUAUGGCACCAUGACCAUGGAGCUGGGAGGCAGAGUGACCAUCGAGUGUGAGAAGAACAACUUGCAAGUUGAGCUGGAAUUCAAGCUUAAGCCUUUCUUCGGGGGCAGCACCAGCAUCAACCAGAUCUCGGGGAAGAUCACGUCCGGAGAGGAGGUUCUGGCCCAUCUCACCGGACACUGGGACAGAGAAGUGUUUAUCAAGGAGGAGGGCCGAGGAAGCACCGAGCUCUUCUGGAACCCGAGUGGGGAGGUCCGGGGGCAGAGGCUGAAGCGGCACACGGUGCUAUUCGAGGAGCAGACCGAGCUGGAGUCGGAGAGGCUCUGGCAGCACGUCACCAGGGCCAUCGGCGAGGGCGACCAGCACAAGGCCACACGGGAGAAGUUUUCGCUGGAGGAGGCACAGCGGCAGCGGGCUCGCGAGCGCCAGCAGAACCUCACGCCCUGGAAACCGCAGCUGUUCCGCCUGGACCCCGCCACCCGGGAGUGGCGCUACCUGCACGAGGACCGCAGCCCCUGGGAUCCCCUGAAGGACAUCGGCGAGUUUGAGCAAGACGGGGUCUUGCACACCGUGCAGCGGGGGACCGCGGCCCACCGGACCGCCUUCCUGGGCAGCCCGGGGCCCAGGCACCAGGGCCUCCUCUGCGCCCCCCAUCCCCUGCCCUGCCCUGCCCAGCACGGCACCCGAAACGCCUGGGUUUGCAGGAGGCUGGGUUCACGGGGCAGCCAGAUGUGCAGGGCGCGGUGCCGGGGGCGGCUGGCUCCUGGCCCGCUGCUCCCCGGAGGUGCCCUCUGUGAGGCUGACAGCCGAUGAGGAAACUGAGGCUCAGGGCAGCCUGGGGGCCCGGUCAGGUAGGAGAAGGAGCGACCUGCCGAGGGAGAGCAGGGAGAGAAGGCGGGGGGCUCCAGGAGGCGAGCAAGAGGUCUCCUGAGAGAAACCCCAGGGCGCAGCCCGUGAGGGAAGCCUGCGGUGUCCUCCACGGGUGCCACCCACCCCACGCGUCACAGAGUCUGUGAGAACAGAACGGCAUCUGCUGGGCCAGCGUGCUCGCAGCUGGAGGCCGGCAGCCACACGGGCAGGACAGGCAGGGUGGCCCCAGUCUCCCCAGCAAGCAGGGGCCACGUCUCUCGCCGUCCACAUGACACCCCUGCCGUCGCCCCUCAGCCCUGACUCGGACGGGCAGCCCCAGCCACCUCCACCUGGAUGCCCCCCGGGCCCCCCCCCACCCUCUCCGCAGCCCCUCCGGCCGGCCACGCCUCGGCCGCCCCUGUACUCUGGGGAAGCACUGGGGGUCAGCCAAUCCUGGAGGUCCCUCUGGACGCGUCUCCCCGUGCCGGGGGAUCCCUAGCUGUCAGCUCACGCAGUGAGACGGGACCAGCGGCCACGGCCGCUCCUUCUAGAGCCGUCCCGGCAUAACCGUGCCGCCGUGUCCGCGGGCCGGCACAUCCCCGGCAGGGCCCCUGGGGCUCAGCCGGAGCAUGAGGCCAGCGGGGGGUGUGGUGGGCACAGGCGGGCCCCCAGCGGCAGUGGCUCUGCCUCU